AUGGCCUCAUUCCCUCGCGCCCUCCCAUUCUUCCUCCCCGUCCCCUCACGCCUCGCCCUCAACGCCCUCCUCGCGCUCAUCGCGCUCCUCCGCCAGGCGAAAGCCACCUACACCGAUCCGCUGAUCCCCGACGGGUGCGUCGCGGAGAUAGCGGAGGUGGACUGGGAGGCCAUGCGCGCGGUGUACGCGGCGCUGCUCGAGGGGAUGUUCUUUUGGCACGACGGCAUACCGCAGUACAAGAUGUUCGACGACACCCACAACGUCUCCUACUGUUGCGUCGCGCCUAAGCUCGCUGGUGUCUCGUGUCGCCUCUGGUGCCCGCUCGAGUGCACGCCCGCCGGCCGCAUCACGCGCAUCUUCUCCGAUCCGAGCCGCUGGGACAUGCCCGGCGGGCCUGGCGGGAGGGGGGGGAGCUGUCCGCCCGGCGCGCUGUCGCCCGCCAUUGGCGAUCUCACGGAGCUCUCCUCGCUGGUCUUUCGCCAUUCGUGCCUCGCCGGCGACUUGUCGGGCUCCGUCACGCGCCUCCAGAAGCUGACGAUAUAUGAAAUGCCCGAAAACAAGGUGGUGGAGAUCGCGUGUGUUGGAAGCAAGGUGGUGGUGGGGCGUUUGUACGCCCCCGAUUCCUGCAACGUAGAGGAAAGUCCUCUACAACACUCCUUGCUGGUCUUCCGCCAUUCGUGCCUCGCCGGCGACUUGCCGGACUCCGUCACACGCCUCCAGAAGCUGACGAUAUUUGAAAUGCCCGAAAACAACUUUUCCGGGCCCAUUCCGCCAGGCCUUUUCUGCCUGCCCGCGCUCCGCCACGUGGAUCUCAACACGAUUAGUCCCUACCCGUAA